AUGGAGAAGAGCAGCGAGACCAACGGCUACCUGGACGGCACCCAGGCGGGGCCUGCGGCGGGGCCUGGCGCGCCGGGGUCCGCGGGGGGACUCGCGCGGCGCUGCGCGGGCUUACUACGGCGGAACGCGCUCGUGCUGUUCACCGUGUCCGGAGUGGUGGCGGGCGCCGGCCUGGGCGCGGCGCUGCGCGGGCUCGGCCUCAGCCGCACGCAGGUAGCCUACCUGGCCUUCCCCGGCGAAAUGCUGCUCCGCAUGCUGCGCAUGAUCAUCCUGCCGCUGGUAGUCUGCAGCCUAGUGUCGGGCGCCGCCUCCCUCGACGCCAGCUCUCUCGGGCGCCUGGGCGGCAUCGCCAUCGCCUACUUCGGCCUCACCACGCUUGGCGCCUCGGCGCUCGCCGUCGCUUUGGCGUUCAUCAUCAAGCCUGGGUCUGGCGCGCAGACCCUUCAGUCCAGCGACCUGGGGCUGGAAGAGUCGGGGUCCCCUCCGGUCCCCAAAGAGACAGUGGACUCUUUCCUCGACCUGGCCAGAAACCUGUUUCCCUCAAAUCUUGUGGUUGCCACUUUCCGCACGUAUGCAACUGAUUAUAGAGAGAUGACCCACAACACGAGCUCUGGAAACGUAACCCAUGAAAAGAUCCCCAUUGGCACCGAGAUCGAAGGGAUGAACAUUUUAGGACUGGUCCUCUUUGCCCUGGUGUUAGGAGUGGCCCUAAAGAAACUCGGCUCCGAAGGAGAAGAGCUCAUCCGUUUCUUCAAUGCCUUCAAUGAGGCAACGAUGGUGCUGGUGUCAUGGAUCAUGUGGUAUGUGCCUGUGGGCAUCAUGUUCCUGGUUGGAAGCAAGAUUUUGGAAAUGAAAGACAUCAUUGUGCUGGUGACCAGCCUUGGAAAAUAUAUCUUCACAUCCAUAUUGGGCCAUUUUAUUCAUGGAGGAAUUGUUCUGCCACUUAUUUAUUUUGUGUUCACACGAAAAAACCCAUUCAGGUUCCUCCUGGGCCUCCUCACACCGUUUGCAACAGCAUUUGCCACGUGCUCCAGCUCAGCAACACUCCCCUCCAUGAUGAAGUGCAUUGAGGAGAACAACGGUGUGGACAAGAGGAUCAGCAGGUUCAUCCUCCCCAUCGGGGCCACCGUGAACAUGGACGGAGCGGCCAUCUUCCAGUGUGUGGCCACCGUGUUCAUCGCCCAGCUCAACAACAUCGAGCUGAAAGCAGGACAGAUUUUCACGAUUCUAGUGACGGCCACAGCCUCCAGCGUUGGAGCAGCUGGCGUGCCCGCUGGAGGGGUCCUCACCAUCGCCAUUAUCCUGGAGGCCAUUGGGCUGCCCACUCAUGACCUUUCUCUGAUCCUGGCUGUGGACUGGAUUGUGGACCGCACCACCACCGUGGUGAACGUGGAAGGGGACGCCCUGGGUGCAGGCAUUCUCCACCACCUGAAUCAGAAGGCAAUGAAGAAAGAGGAGCAGGAACUGAGCGAGGUGAAGGUGGAGGCCGUCCCCAACUGCAAAUCGGAGGAGGAGACGUCGCCCCUGGUAACACACCAGAACCCCGCUGGCCCUGCGGCCAGCGCCCCGGAACUGGAAUCCAAGGAGUCGGUUCUGUGA